ACUGGUGUGUGUGCCGACCUUGUUCCAGCGACGAGCUACCCUAAAAAGCCAGCUGUUUGCAGCGCAUACCUUUCUGGCAUUAGCCACCGGUACGGGCACGCAUUUAACCCCGUCUUUUAGGGCUGUGGUAGUAUAGCCUUAUAUUUUACCGUGAAAAUGAGGCAGGGCGUGAUGGGGUGCUGCCCUGCUAUCGCUAGCUAGGCGGACAAAUUCCUUCAACCAGCUCGCUGUUCCAAUCACUGCGGGUUGACACAACAUUAGCUGAGGCGUUAAGUGAGCUAGCGGGCUAGCAAGGCUGUAGCCGUUACGUGUAUUCAAGCCUACGGUAGCUAAUGCAGUUAGUCAAAAAACGGACGCAUUGCUCAGGCGUAGAUAGUGCAAUAACGGUUAAUAGCGGCAAUAACGGUUAUCACUAACGUGAGCUUAUCAACACUACUUUUCAGCACCGCUAACUAGCUAGCUAACGAGACUCAACAGAAAUCAACUGUUAGGCGUUUGGAUGUCGCGACACUGCAGUUUUGAACCACUUUUUGGCGGAUUGCGGACAUAAAAUUGGACAACAGUGACAGAUGCAAAGAUAGAAUUGGACCAGCGAAUGAGAAGGUGUUAAUGAUAUAAACUAAGGGGCUAAUCUGCGGCAGUAAUUUUAACAUUAGCCGUAUUAAGGCAGAGCAUCUCGGGGAGGCCGCACCGUCUCCUGACUCCCUCCCCCUGUCCGAUUCUCCCGUGAUUUGCCGAAAACACCCGGGUGAAGUCGCAGUUGUUCUCGGCUUGGGGGGACGACUUGACAGCGAGGCCCCUUAGCUAGUAUCCCCUCCCCCCCAGUCCCGUUCAUCCAUCCGUCCAAGCCCGACAGACCCACCCCUUCAUCCCUGAGAUCCAAGCGAGGACCGGGGAUUCGGGAUAAGCUGAAACCGUGUGCCGAGGUCCCGUCUUAACCGGGCUGCCAAAACUAGAGGGGAUGACUCUGGAGUCCAUGAUGGCUUGCUGCCUGAGCGAAGAGGCGAAGGAGUCGAAACGAAUCAAUGCAGAAAUUGACAAACAACUCCGCCGAGACAAGCGAGACUCCAGGAGAGAGCUGAAAUUGCUUCUUCUCGGUACGGGAGAAAGUGGCAAGAGCACCUUCAUCAAGCAGAUGAGGAUCAUUCAUGGAGCCGGGUAUUCAGACGAAGAUAAGAGAGGCUUCAUCCGGCUUGUUUACCAAAACAUCUUCACCUCCAUGCAGGCCAUGAUCCGCGCCACUGAGACCCUAAAGAUCCCCUACAAAUUUGAACAGAAUCGGUCUAACGCCAUGAUCGUCAAGGAGGUGGACAUCGAGAAGAUCAAUGGGUUCGACUUUCACUUCAUCGCUGCUAUCAAAUGCCUUUGGUCCGAUCCGGGCAUCCAGGAGGCCUACGACCGCCGCAGAGAGUACCAGCUCUCUGACUCCACUAAAUAUUACCUUAGUGAUAUAGACCGUGUGACUGCGGAGGGAUACGUUCCCACCCAGCAGGAUGUGCUGAGGGUCCGUGUGCCCACUACGGGUAUUAUAGAGUACCCGUUUGACCUGGAGAACGUCAUCUUCAGGAUGGUGGAUGUAGGGGGUCAGAGGUCAGAGAGGAGGAAGUGGAUUCACUGCUUCGAGAACGUCACCUCCAUCAUGUUCCUCGUGGCGCUGAGCGAGUACGACCAGGUCCUGGUGGAGUCUGACAACGAGAACCGUAUGGAGGAGAGUAAAGCUCUGUUCAGGACUAUCAUCACCUACCCCUGGUUUCAAAACUCCUCUGUCAUCCUCUUCCUCAACAAGAAGGACCUGCUAGAGGAGAAGAUCUCCUACUCACACUUGGUGGACUAUUUCCCAGAGUUUGAUGGUCCCCAGAGAGAUGCACAGGCAGCGCGGGAGUUCAUCCUCAAGAUGUUUGUGGACUUAAACCCAGACAGCGACAAGAUCAUCUACUCUCACUUCACUUGUGCCACGGACACUGAGAACAUCCGCUUUGUGUUUGCAGCUGUCAAAGACACCAUCCUACAGCUCAAUCUGAAAGAGUACAAUCUGGUGUGAGGGCCCUACAUAGGACGCACAUCUCCUACCCCCAUUGCACAAAUGCACACCUCUUCGGGAGUGUGCACUCAAGUUCACAUGCAUUACACAGCACACCAUGCCGGCACACACACACACAAACACACACCAACAGAAUCCUUACUACUUUUCUCCACUACAGUACAUUCGCAAACCUCCCACAUGCGCCCCUCCUCUUUCACCAAAGCUCGCCCUCUUCCUCCGUCGCUCGGCAGCUUGUUGCGUGAGAGUCCCCUCUCCUCCCCAAGCUGCUCCUUGUGUCAGAUUUGGCCCCGGCUGCUGGCACAUUUCAUCUGGCACACAAACCUUUCGAACGGACUGUACAGUGACUUAAGGGGACUUUGGUGUUUGUGUGUGUGUGUGUUUGGUGUGUGUGUAUGUAUUUGGGGCAGCAUUGACAAGCGAGGAGCUGAGUUUAAGUGAUCCUACCCCUUUGGCCGUCCAGAGUUAACCCUCUGUGGUGUGAGAUCAGAUCCUUGUCCUUUCUGAGCUACUAUCGGUGCAGAAAGAAGUGAAUACGCUUUCUCCUGAAACCAACUAAGAACUAGCGAGUUGCUUUUUGGGAGAGAGUGACCCGGACAGGAAGUGAGGUUGAACACCGGACACAAGGGGUCGGGGCUGCAUCCAUGAAUGUACCCACCAGUGUGAGCAUCGCAAAAAAAAGAAAAGAUAUAUAUAUAUAUAUAUAUAUAUGUAUGUGUGUGUGUAUAUAUAUAUAUAUAUAUAUAUAUAUAUAUAUUAUGAAGUAAAUGCAUAUGUAAACACACUUAAGACAAAAAGCACGAGGGCAAGUCAUAGCUAAUCAAAAUCUGUUCUUUGCUGAGUUUUUAAAAAUGUUUUUAAUGAUAGAAAUGUGUUGCUACGUCUACUUAUAUUUAACAAAUAAUGGCUUAAUGGAAUGAUGAUGAGAAAUUAUAAGAAAAUCUAUUAAAAAAACAUUUAGACUAAAGACAUUUGAGAGAGAAGCAACCAGAAAUGUACGUUGACAUAAGUAUCCUUUAAAAGUUUCUGUGGGAUCUUUUUUUUUAAGUCGAUCACAUCGCUUCCCUCCUCCAGAUGUGUUCUGUAUAGAUUCACUGGGACAAUCUUCCAUGUGACCCCCCCCCCCCACACACCCUUAUUACAACACACUAGUAGCGGAAGAGAGCAUCCUGCUUUCAACGCAGGCUCUGCUCUGAUUGGUGGAAGCAGUUGUUGAGGGGAGCGUGAUGUCAUCAGUGUUUAUCAGCCCAAAGAGCGCAUCUGCAGCUCGGGCUGAAAGUAGCUUAUUCAACUAAAUGAAAGCUGUAAAUUAAACACACUCACACCCCGAAUGUGAAUGGGAUCCAUGCGGUAACAUCUCUGGCGUCACACCUGCGUCACUCAGCCGUCCAAUCAGACUCACUCCCUGGCGGUGAUAUAGUCAUCACGUCAGGAUGUGCUUCUGUUUACUUUUUUUUUUACUGUAUAGUCACUUUGUUUAUAUAAAGAUUGCUUGCUAUUGAGUGGUGAAAAGGGGUGGGGGGCGAACCUUUCACUGAAAACGCACUCUGAAGUCUGCAAACAUUGUUUGUGUAUAUUUGUUUGUAAAUACAUAUACACGAAACACUCCUGUACAAAAAACGCUCUGUGGUACACCAUCUUUGGCAAAAAACUAACAAAAAAAAGAAAAAAGUAUCAACUUCUUCAUUAGCAUACAGUUUUUUCCUAUGAAUUUAUGGUAGUAGUUAUACUGUGAUUAUGGAUUUUGUUCACUUUAUUAAUAGGACUACACAGAGCUGAGCGGUGUUGAGGAAACGAUGGAGUAAUAGUCAGAGAGAAGAGGCUCCUCCCAACAGCCUCACGACUCCACACUACUGCUACGGCUCUGGCUCCAGAGUUUACUCACUAGGGCUGGUAUAAAUCUUCACAGUGUGGUGAUGAGAUGAUUUUAAGAGUAAUUAAAGAUUUUUUUAUUUAUCUAAUUUAUGGACCAGGUUUGAAGGUGUUGAUAAUUUGACUGCUUUUGAUUCUGUCAUGUUGAAGUGCUCCUUUUUCUCAUGGCGGAGCCUACUUGAGUCUGAACUGCUGUAAAAAAAAAUGACAAAAAAAAUGUCUGGUAUAGUAAGGACUUUAUCUCUGCUUUCUAUUUCUUAUUGAGACAUUUCCAGUUGUACUUCACACAUCACAUCUCCAUCCAUGAUAAUACUGUUUGGUUUUCUUUAGGAGCCCUCACAUUUGUUUUGUUUGAUUUUAAAAAAAGGAAGAAAAAAAACCAAAAAAACUUGUAUUUCCUCUCGGUUUAUAGACGCAGCGCUGUAAUGCAUACCUAGAAAAAUGUACAGUACGAACGUAGGUGGACUUUUUUAUCAGUGAUUGAAGACCCACGUGGUCCAUGCUUGCUAUUUGUAAUUUAACACAAAACUUCUGUUGUCGGUUUUGGCAUUGUUGAUUUCCAGUUUUUUGAGGCUUGCUUUGAUAGUGCCAGUGAAGUGCAGAUAUACUUUUUUGGUCUUUGACCUUUUCUACAGGUGACUUAUCCUUCAUCCUCAUUAAGGGCUAUCACAGUGCAUCAGGCAUCAGACAGCGGGGAGUGGAGUACAGGACCACAGUGAACCGAGUCAUCCACUACUUAUCCUUGAUUAUUAUUGGAGAAUACUUGCAGUAUGAGCUAUAAGAAGUAUAGGCAGGGUGUUAAUGUAAACAUAAGGUGUUUGUUUAGAGAGAUUAUCAACACUAAAACCCUUUUUCUUUAUGUAUUUCUUUAUGGUUCCCUUUGGUUAAAGUAAUUGGACCCAGUAUCUGGCUCGCCAACCUUCACUAUUAUCUAUUUGUUUGCAUUUGGUAUCACAGAGUUACCUGUAACAUCUAAUGCAGUGUAAAGACACUUAUCACUAAGGACACUACUACCAGGACAAGUAUUGCAUGUUUCCCCAAGUAUUUGAGUUAGUGACCAUGCUUGUGACUCUGCUUGUUUUAACCCAUUAGCUACAAGCCUUGUUCUUUAUUAAUGACCAUUUUUCCAGUUUCAAAAUUGAUUUACUACUACUGCUCAUGCCAGUAAGGCUUGACUCUGAGAAAGAAUCUAUGCCACAGAUGACAUUUAGUCACCUUUUUUCAAAUGUCUUUCAUUGUGCAAUGAUUGCUGGUAUAAUUGUGCCUCCAGAAAUUCCUUGUUAUUGCACUCAAAAAAGCUGUGUACCAGGAGUGAAAAGGUUUUAAUUGGUACAGCUUUUCCUAGCUGGUCAGAGUACCAAUCCAAUACUAGCCCAAAUUUAAAAUCUGUACGCUACAUUGUGUGGAGCCAUUAUAAUCUUGGUUUUAAAAUGGAUAACUGAUUAGUAUUUUGGAUUGGUCCACCCUUGCAGCUUUUUUAAAUCAUUCCUAUCCAAUGCAUUAACUGCAUUCAAUUUAAGAAAAGCUAAAAAUGACUAAAGGUUCUCUGUGGCGUUGUUGAAUCCAGUUUAUCACUCCGGGUUGUUUUUCCUAGAUUAGCCCCAGAAGCUGUUGAAAAAGAAGAGGAUCAAUCUAUACACUUGAUUUUAAAGUUUGAACACUAAGUUAGUUAGUAGCUAAAAUAUGUUAUUUCGGAGCAACGGUGUGGUCUUUAACUACCAUUAUGUCUGCUCAAAAUGAAUCUAACUUUGAGCACACGAAAGCAGACAGCCAACUGUUAACACUGCUGUCAUAGAAAAGGAUGCCAGUAUUUAAGUGGAGCGUAUACCAGUAUGGAUAACCCAAGUAUUUAUCAGUAGUUGUGAUUUCCUGUGUGUUGAGUGCAGCUCACUUUAAUGGUGAAGAACCAUGUUGUAUUUUAAAACUUGACACUACAACUCUGGCACAUGGUGAAGGGCUGACUGGCUGUUAGUGUGGGUUUGGUAGUGAGUUUAGCAGCCGAGUGUUGCACUGUGUGCUUCUGACACUUUUUAUCUCAACCUAUGGGCGCUGACGAGAGGGAAGGCAAGACUGUAAAGAAACCUAAAUCUCCUUCUCACUCUUGUCUGUUUUCAGCAAUGACCACACACUCUUAUUUAUUGCCUUUCAUUGCCUUGAAUAAUGAAAGAUGGUGUUGCCGGCCCUUGGAUGGUUUCGGGGCUUGCUCCGGGACCUUCUUGGGUGGCCGCGGUUGUGUGAUUUCUCUUCCUGCGGGCUUGUUAAAAUAAGUGGAAUCAAAACUAUCUUUUCAACAUCAGUUUGGAGUCAGUGCAUAUUCAAAACUUUAAUCUUAUUCCCUCUUUGUGUGUUUUUUAUUUCCUGUAUGAUAAAGAAAACAUUACCAGAACUAUUAUUUUGGACCACUUGAUUUAUUUUUCCUCACUCCAAUGAAACCUGAAGGUCAAUUGUGUAGUGGUGUAUAAAAUGCUGUUUUUUUUCUCUUUAUUUUGUAUGUAAACCAAAUGUAAAUUAUGUAUUAUACUGAGUGUGCCAACCCCACUCUCUGCAGAGCCAGGCUCUCGCUAAGUGCCAACGCUGUGGUCAUCAUCAGAGGACCACCACCUGAGAUGGUCUCCCCUUUUUAAAUAAAACACACCAGAGACUAAAAGGAUAGAUGAUUAAGUACACACAAAGACUUUAUUCUGUAUUUAAGAUUGAAGAUUUAAAAAAUAAUCUGCUGUUUUUUUAAGAAACUGUAAUUAUAAUUGCAUGUGCUGUUUAUUUUGUGUUGGAGGUGAGGGCUUUGAUGUUUCCAUUGAAGCAGGGAGCCCUGAAUGAAGGGGGUUCAAUCAGUUGGUUAUUAUCGAUUAUUGAUUUACAUAACUCUUGCCAUAUUUUUUUAUGUGUUUCAUGUAUUUGUUUCAACCACUGUUGCCUGAUCCUCAUUCAAACAUGAACAUGACUUAUGAUCAUUGCCGCCUUCUAAGAGAGAAACAUAAUGACAAGGUAUCUGUUUUAAAUUGAAAUAAAUUUGUUCCUAUACUUGCUCA